AUGAGUGGAUUUGACAUGUCGCCCUCGUCAACGAACGUUCACGCCCAGACCAACUAUGGGUAUAUGGUUGGCAAUCAGCACGGGGCUACUAAUCUCACCUUCAUCACCGGCGGCAAUACUGAUGCAAGUGAUGCGGCAUUUAUUCAAGCACUCCGGGUCAGCCCAGAUGAUUCGAGAACCAAUGCUAUCGAGUCAGUCAGCGACAGGAUAGUCUCGGCUUGCUGGGACUGGAUCCUCGACCACGCGACGUAUGAUGCGUGGCUUCACAAUGAUGACUCUCGCCUGCUCUGGAUCUUUGGAGGUCCUGGUAAAGGAAAGACGGUCCUUGCAAUUAGCCUUGUUGCCGAAAUUGCAGCAUCCAGCGAUGCCAUUGUUUGUGAUUUCUUUUGCCGGCACAUGGACGACAAAGCAAACUCAGCUUCGGCAAUACUCCGAGGCCUCAUUCGUGGGUUAGCUCAAAACCAACGCCGUCUCAUUGGCGUGAUACGCGACAAAUACAAGGCACCGGAAGACUUGAACGGCGCCCAGCUCAGGGAACUAUGGGGUCUGCUGAGAGCCAUGCUUGCCAACUGCAUAGGCUCCAAAGUCGUGUACCUGGUUAUAGAUGCAAUAGAUGAAUGUCGUGACGAUCGCCCGGUUUUGCAGCUUCUCGAAUACAUAAAAAAGGAGCCGUUCAAACUCCCACAGAUUAAGGUCAAGUGGCUAAUCACGAGCCGGCCCUCAUCCGAGUUUGAGAGAAUCACCGGAACCGACCCUGGAAGGUGUAUUAUUGACCUGGCCAUGGAAGAAAAGGCUUCCCAGAGCGUCGAGGUUUUCAUCGAACAAUCGGUCAACGGCAUGGCUAAAUGGAACCAAAAAACCAAAAACGACGUACUCAGUUUCCUCCGCAAAGUUGCAGAACACACUUUCCUCUACGUCAGUAUGGUCUGGAAGGAACUUUACCAGGUGCCAGAGUGGGAGAUCUCGGCCCGGCUGUCAGAGUUACAAAGCAACAACCCAGGCAGCAUCCUUCACGGAAUGUAUCGCGUCAUGUUAGACCGGACUUUGGCCAUGGACAAGAGAUCCGGAAACACAUACCGUCAGGACAUACUUCGUGUUGUUUUGCUUGCCACGCGUGUUUUGAACUGGGCGGAAUUGGCAAUUGCCGCUGGUCUCCCUCGGCAAUCUUAUCCUUAUGACCACAGUUCGGUUGGAAUUGGACCGAUCGCAGAGCUCAUCCAGCAGUGUGGCCAUUUUCUGCUCCUUCAGAGUGUUUGCUCCCAUGGCUGGAAGCAAUGGCCUACUUAA